UACAGUUCAAUACAACAACAUGACAUGACAACAUGUUAGUUGUUCAGGCAUCUCUUUCUCGCAUUAGCAAUUUGAUAUUUGCUAUCUCUAUGUUUGUUCCAAAAAUCAUGUAAUUUUUUUAUUUGCCUAGACUAUUGCAUUUUCCAUCCGAUUGUGCUGUGACUGCAAAAAUCUCGAGUUUACUGCUUUGUUUGCAUUAUCAUGCCAAGUUUUUUGAGGGUAGAUAAUUUGGAAAAACACAAGUAAUGUAAAGGCCGUGUAGACCAGUUUCUUAUUUUUGUUUGAAUUAAUAAUUCGAUUGUAAAUGUCCGUGUCUUUGUGCGUUCUACGUAUUGAAAUUGAUGAAGACCUGCCCGAAAUGGGCGAUAAUCCCUCUGAAAUGGAAGCUGCUAAAGAACAGAAAAAGAGGGACCGGGGUGCUCGUGAGUCAAAGACCAUCACAGUGGAGACAUAUGCCAGUGUUCUCACUGGUCCCAACACUGACACUGGCAUCCUGCCCACCAGCUCCCGGAGAUCACCUCCAGACAGCAGUGUCUCAGAAGAAGAUGAGACCAUCAGCUUCUUUUGUGGAAACCCUUUAGUUGAAGUCACUAAAGGUGUACUGCAUUUGUAUAAGGAGAAUGAAAUGAAAGAAGCUGAGGAAGCAAAGACACUGUGCUUGCUGUCAGUUCCUGGUGCCCUCGGUGCCCCAGACCUGCUGGCAUUUGCAGCUGCCUGCCAGCAGGAUAUAGCUCAUGUAAGAGUACUGAGGGAUGGCUCUCCAGACCAUUACAUGGCUUUAUUCACAUUCCGCACAAGUCAUGCGGCCCGGGAGUUCCAUGAGACAUUCGAUGGGGUCCCGUACAGCAGUCUAGAGCCCAACGCGUUGUGCCACAUGGCCUGGGUAUCCCGUGUAGAGUGGGCCAGGGACGGCACUCCGCCUCCCUCCCACACUGAACUACCAACCUGCCCUGUUUGCCUGGAGCGCAUGGACGAGAGCGUGGCGGGCGUGCUGAGCGUGCAGUGCGCGCACGCGUUCCACGCGGCGUGCCUGGUGCGCUGGCGGGACGCGCGCUGCCCCGUGUGCCGCUGCGCGCAGACGCCCGAGCCGCGCGGCGGCGCCGUCUGCGCGCACUGCCAGCCGCACGCGCUCGACGAGGAAGAUGGUGAUGAGACCCGGGAUAAUAUCAGCGGCGUGGCUGAAGGCCUGCUGGACGGCGUGGAGGCUGGCACGUUGUGGAUCUGUCUCAUAUGCGGACACGUGGGCUGUGGGAGGUACGAAAAUGGCCAUGCGGCCAAACACUUCCUAGCCUCCAAUCACACUUAUGCUCUGCAAUUGGGAUCAAAUAGAGUUUGGGACUAUGCGGGCGACAACUUCGUGCACCGUCUGGUCCAGAACAAGGCGGACGGCAAGCUGGUGGCGGCGGAGGGCGGGCUGCCCGGCGAGGACUCGGCCUGCGGCGGGGAGAAGCUGGACUCCGCGCAGCUAGAGUUCACCUACAUACUGACGCAGCAGCUCGACAGCCAGCGGAUGUUCUAUGAGGAUAGGAUGGCUAAAUUAGAGUCGGACUACAUAACGGAGUGCGAGGCCCUCCGCUCGCGGGCCACGGAAGCGGAGUCCAGUUCUGCGCGGCUGGGCGAGCAGGUGGCCACGCUCACCAAGGAGAACAAGGCGCUCGAGAGGAAGCUGCAGCAUGUCACCAACAAAUUGUCCACUCUUUCUAACGAGCUGUCUGAGGAGCGCGGCCUAGCUGCGGCGCUGGCCAGCAGUCAGGCGGAGUGGCAGGCGCGCGCUAAGUUACGGGAGGAGAACUUCGUUAAGGAGGUGUCGGAGCUGAAGGAGCAGCUGCGCGACGUGAUGUUCUUCGUGGAGGCGCGCGGGCAGCUGCAGCAGCAGGCGGGCGCCUCCCCCGCCGAGCUGCAGCAAGCCUCCGUCAGCGUCGCGCCGCCGCCCAAGCCGCGCCGCAAGAGGCUUUCUUGCAAAAUUAUAAGUAAAGCACUUCUGCAAUUUACAAAAUCAUUUAUAAAAGCGAAAAUAUUUCUAGCAUUUUGUAUUGAGUGCAUGGUCAGUCACAAUAAUAUGAGUGAAGAUCAGCAUUUAAUGGACCUUCCUGCGGCCAAGAAACAGAAGUUGGACGAUAGCAUUGGGGUACAAACAGAAACAAGUGCGGAGACAACAGAGAAUGGUGUCAGUCUGGAGAUCUCGGACAAAGGGCCCACUGGUGACCAGGUGUACAGUAACCUGGUGACACCAGAAGAGUUUGAGAAGCUAAGAGAGUUCAAGGUCUUGGAUGAAGUCAAGUCUAAUGAUGAAGACAGUAACGAUGAAGAUUCAGAUAGCUCUGAUGCGGAAUCCGAAGGUCUUCCCGAAGAGGAAAUCGAAAAGAUGUUGGAGGAGGACCUUCCUGAGGGCUUUAAGGGGGCGCCCAAACCGAAAGAAAAAGCCUAUGUCACGAGACAAAAGAUUGUUUUAGAAGAAAAAGGAAUAAAUCAUUUUGAAGUAUUGCCGCUAGACUGGAUCAUGGUGCGCCAUAUCAGCGGGAUGCCCAUCUACAUGCAUCGCGGCUCCAGAGUAUGCACGCUGUCCAAACCUUACUUCUUGGGCAAAGGCAAUAUUCGGCGUCACGACAUCCCAUUAAGUGCUAUCCCGUGCUUCGCGUAUCGCCGAGCUUUAGAGGAAGAAGAAAAACAGCAAAGAAUUGAUCAGAGAAUAGAAGAGCAGAUUCGUAACGGAACGUGGGUCAACAGAGGUGAAGAAGAAACUAGAUCACAGAAUGGUGAAGGUAGUCAGGCUACCGAUGAGAGUUCGACCACGGGGACUCUUGAUAUCAAUGUGCCUGUGAAGGUGGAAUACAACAGUGAAGAAAUGACGUGUCCUUUCGCUAACGGGGAUGUGGAGCCAAAGGUAGAAGUCAAUGGAACAGAGGAGGAAGAGGCGAUCCCUGUGAACAGGCAGCCCGUGGUCCUCCCCGGCGGGAUCGUGAUGCCCCCACCCAGGGUAGAGACCAUCAACACCAGCUGGAAGACGCAGCACUUGACUGCAGAACAAAUCAACGAUUACUGCAAGAAAUUGUUCAAGUUUAAAACUAUUAAUAUCAUGCAAUUCAAGCGGUGGGCGGACCGACGUAAGUAUACUAAAGCGAGAAAAACCCUUCAGUACCCGACGUUGCCCGAAGACACCAAACUGAUUACCAUCCCCGCGCAGCCGGUCGCUCCUGGUCAGGAAAAUGGUGGCAAGGCGAACAAACGAGACUGGGUGAUGAACCUUAACGACCGCAGCUACCUCUCAGUCUUCCACGAGUACGUUCGUAGAGCGUUACAGAAACAACCCGUGUACGAGUUCAAACAGCUCGAAAACGCGUCGACACCAUACCAAGCGACAGUGUACAUCGGCGGCAUGCAGUACGGCGUGGGCCACGGGUCCAGCAAGCGCCAGGCCAAGUCCGCGGCGGCGCGCGCCUCCAUCCACAUCCUCAUCCCCGAGAUGAAGGACGAGCUCGACAAGCACGCGCCGCACGCCGCGCCCGCCGCCGACACCAGCGAGCCCGACUUCACCUUCUUCGACUACGUGGGAAUCGAGGACCCUCGCAUCACGGAGUUCUGCGCUGCCACAUGCGAGCCCUCCCCUCACGCCAUACUCCGCACCUGUCUGCUGCGGAACUUCGGCGCCGGUGACAGACAUAUGAUACAUACCGAGAUGAAAAAGCUGGAAUACCAGAAGAUCGAGCUGACGAUGAAGGUUGGGAAGCACACGGCGACCGUCGUGUGUAAGAACAAGAAGACCGCCAAGCAGCGCGCCUCGCAGUCUAUAUUGCAGGCGCUACACCCUCACGUGAGGUCUUGGGGUUCUCUCCUCCGCCUGUACGGCUCCCGUUCCGUCAAGAGCUGUAAAGAGAAGAAGUUAGAGGAGCAGCACAUCACGCUGCUGCAGGACAAGGCGCGACACAACGAGCCCAACUACGCCGUGCUCGAGAAACUGCGGAACGAGAUGAAGAAACUCAGGGAAAGGGACGAAGCCGUCGUGCCCAUAGGGACGCUGCUGGUGAGCGACGACCUGCCCACACACUCCGGGUCCAACCUCAACAAUGUUGACCUUUAAAGGUAUUGUAAAGGUCCAACACAAGGUAGAUACUUUACUAGGCUUUACUACGUCGCAGUCUAACAACUUAAACUUAUUAUUAGAAAUUAUCUGACAAAGCUUUACUUGCGUGAGGCGGAUUCAUUAUUAUUUAACACCGUCGGUGCGCCAGCCCAUGAUUAAGUACUACUGUUUGAAAGAACUAAUCAGACCAGCCGAGUGUGCGUUUUAAUAGAUAUUAGAGGUUCAAGCAAAAUAUCGCGAACACGAGAGCUUUGCAAGCGCUUGAAAUCAGACGUGGAUGUCUGAUUAGUAUCAUUUGAUACAUGAUUGUGGUUGGGACUUUUAUGGGUUCGAUUUAGAGACAAUUAAUUUAUUAAAAUUUUCGCAAGUCCUGAAUCAAGUCCAUGUGGGUGGAGCAAACCGCAGUUAACUAGGUCUCUAUGAUUAUCGGCACACGCACACACGGACACCCGUCAGAGGCAGUACAAGUAGUCAUAGGUUCUAUCACUUUUUAUUGAUAGAUAUAGAGAGUACUAAAUGCGUUCUUGUGCGAUUUACCCAAGGUGUAAGUAAGGCGUUAGUGUUGCCUAGCGUACUUAAAAUUAUAUUAUUUUAUAAACUCUAUAUUAACUUAAGCUCGAAUGUCUUUUAUAGAGUAAGUUUUCCACUCCUUAAUGUUAAGGUGUUUUUAGCGUGCUAAAUAUUUACUAGUCUCUGUAAUAUCAUCCUUCAAUCUUAUAAAACAAUAAUUAGCAAUAUAUAUAACUACGAUUUAACAUUAGACUUAUAUAAAAGGUAUUUAUAUAAAAAAGUAUAUUUAUAACUAUUUUGCUUAUUUACAUGAUAAGUGGCGCCAAGCACGCAAGCUAUUGCUAGUCUUAAUUAUCAAACAUUGUGAUUAAUGAGGUAACAGAAAUGGAAAGAUUUAAUUAUCCUUUAAUCUAGACUAGACUAUUUAUUAAAAAGGCAACAUAUGGUCAAAACUCAAACUUCUACAGAUUUUAGUGAUUGUUGAUUGUAUGUACGUUGUACGUGAGUUGUUAACAAACAAACAGGGAUACAUUAUAUAGAAAUGACUUGAAAUAUUUGUGACCGAGAUCGAAAUAGUAUCUGUGUUAUCUAUUGUUCAUUACAUUUAAGCUUUAAGCCAAGCGAGCAACACAGCUUAUGUAACUUAACUUGACUGCAUGUAUUUGCAUUAAAAACGGCUUAUUUGAGACAGGUAAAAUUUAACUGGAGAGCCAAUCAAUACGAGAAUUAGUUAAUCAGCUGUCAAACUAACCACAGGUAAUCAGUAAAUUAAAUAAAUCAAUCGUUUGAAAAAUUACCAUGAGCUUUAUAAAUAGAUGAAAAAACAUGACGCAAACGCAAGAAUUCAUGGCUUAGUUUUUGCAUUACCAAAGAGACCACGUAGCCUACCGACAUGUCUAAAUAAGAGUAAUAAAAUAACAAUGGUGGAAGUGUGAUAGCGCUCUACACGGCGUAGAGCGGCGUCUCCCUUCCACACCAGCAAUAAUAUAACAUACCAGAAGACGUAGCGGAAGGUCACUGGAAGCCGGACCGCUCAAAAGGGUCUCUUCAUAAUAAGCGUAAACUAUCUAUAACGGAUCAUUAAGUAUGAGGUGCGCACUUUCUAGUAAAAGCUUUAUUAAUAUCUUAACAUAGUACUAGGUAAAAUAAGUAUCUAUAUAGCAAAUGAUUACAAUCCGGCGAGGAGUAACAGAAAAUAAUUUUAUAAGGUUACAAACAUUUACAAAUCGUAGCGUAUAGGGGAAAACUUUGAACUACAUAACGUGUGAUAAUUGUAAAGUGAUCAAGGAACUUAAUCUAAUAAACUGCUGAAAUAUCUUUAUAUUGUGUGAAAUCGUGAAUGUUUGUUUUUGUGUUAACAACGAGCCAGUACAAAAUCUCUUCCAAUUUCUUGUCAUGUUGAAAUUAUCUUACUACUUUGCUCAAAUGUCGGUAUUUUUUACCGUUUCAUUUUUACGGUGGUGUUAGGUGGUUAGGCGAGGUGUUGAGGACUCCUUAUUUGAAAUUGUUUAACAGAUUCUUAGGUAUUAGUCUUUUUUCAAAUAUUUAUGUUUCGGGCGUAGUCUUCAGACCUUGCGAAUUAUAUGUGUAGGAAACAAAGGAAACGAGUACAAAACAGGCCAAGUCCUGGCCGGUCUGAGGUCUGGUCGUGAGGGCCGUACCUUACAUUAGCUUAUUAUUCAAAGGCCAAUUCUAAUUUCUAUAUCCGAAAUAUUCUUGGCUGUGACAUGUGACAUGUUAUAUUGUUCUAAACUUGGGGUGAUAAUAAUGAAGCUGAAAUCUUAGAUAUUUAACCUAUCUGUCUCACUUAUAAGGGAUACAAUUUUGACUUAAGAGUUAUACAAAAAAUCCCAGAGAAAAAAACGAUGGAAUGAAUUUUGAGCGUGAUAUUCAGACGAACCGUAUAGUUGAUAAGACAGGACAUAUUUUUAUAUUAGUUUAGUCAGUCAAAUCUAGCCAACGUACUUAAAGUUGCUGAUAUACAAUAUAUGAAAUUUUUAUUAUGCACGAGUUAGUCAAUAAUAGGUUUAGAAUUAUUGGCGGAGCCAAGUGAGCCUUGGGAGGCUGCAGCUCUUUAAUUUAAGCUUUUUAUGUUGAAGGGAACUUUAUCCAACAUAGGUACCUACUGUGACCAAUGAUCGAGUUUUUUAAAUUUGACUUGUUUUUUGAGAACGAUUUUUUGAGAAGCUACGCCAAGCCCUACGGACUAUCUUGGUUCCGUCACUGUUUAGAGUCAUUUGUACUGUAUUUGUACUACAUAGAGUUAGUUUGUAUCAACGUCUGUGAUUUCUAAGUGUUGUAACUUCAUGAUUUAGAAUGUUAUUGGGCUUAGUUAUGCAUUUAAUUAUCUAAAACAGAACCGAAAGGCUUCAGUGAUAUGUACGAAACGAAAUGGUCCAUUUCACGUCAUCAUAAAUAAAUAAUUAAAAGCGUUAUAUCCAGACGUUAUCGCGGUCUGAACAUCGGAGCUUCAAGCCUGAUUUUUUGAUUAGGUGCAUAUAUUUACUGGAUAGAUCUUUUUUAACUUUUAUAUUUACUUUGAAAGGCAAAGAGCCAAUAACAUCGUAUUGACAAGAUAACUGAAACUUCAGGAGUAGACCAGAAAAGACCAAGUGUGCUUACUUUAUAUUAUAAAUACUUGAAAGUUCAAACAAUAUGUAUUGAAACACCAAUACCCUUUAUCUAUGUGAUUCAUGUCUACUACCGUGAUCUGUGAAAAUCCGCAUUAACAAUAAGGCUAAAGAUGUCAACUAUAUCUAAAAUUGAAUACUAAAAUGAUAGCGAUAGUUUUAUAUAAUAUAGUAUCUUUAUAUUUGUAUCUGUUGUAACUAAGUGAUGAUGACCGAUUUUAUCUCUGCCUUCAAAACAAUUUACAUUUCUACCAGUGUUUAAAUGAAUCACUUAAAUGUAAGGAAAUGAUAAGAAAGUCACUUGACUUAUUGAAAAGAAGUCGCUUCAUACACUUGAGCGAUUUACAUUCCCAUAUUUUGCCCCCUUAAAUUUGAGCCAGAGGUUCUCAACAUAAGGUUAAAUAUGGCGUAUCUGUCCAUCUAAAGCGAUGUACCCUCAUUUUAUUAUGUAAGUUUUAGAUGUAGGUAGACUAGGCAUUGAUAGCCUCUGACUCAAAUUUUUAUCAAAAAUGACAUGUAUGUAGUCUUGAGUAACUUGUUCUUUAACUAAGAACUUAUUGCAGUUUACAAUGGGUGAUGAAUUUAACUUGGCAGCUUUUUAGUAAUCAUGUUAGUAGUUAUAUCUUGGUACUCUUAAAAUCACUGCAAUUUGAAGUUGCUCAUGACUACAUUGAGGGGGACUUUACCACGUCUUAAAUUGAGAGGGUUGCACUCGUGCAAGUGGGACAAAGCUCUACACGGCAGAGUGGCGUCUCGUGACGAUUGUCAAACGAAGGGGGAUAGCAGGGCCCUAGAUACAACCAUAAUUAUAUAACACGUGUGAUAUACUUCAAGUAGAACUUAGGCACGGCUGUGUGCAAUUUAAUCUUACUUCCUUCAUUAUUAACUUGUUUCUAUUGUUUGAGUUAGUGUUUCGUCUUUUAUCUAUUGCGUUUAUAUACAUAUAAAGUUAUACUUUAUGAAUUUGAAACUAUGAAUUAUUAUUAUUAUCCCACACUUUUGUUAUUUAAGUUAUUUAAUUAGGUUAGUAGCAUAUUUUUAAGUCGGGCACUCUAGUUUUUAGAAUAUUUAAUUAAAGAUAGAGAGAAACGAAGUAAAUUGGAUGCGGAUGAAAAUUAAGCAAUAGAUUAAAAUAAUUGUUGUUAUAAGUGAUAUGUGUAUUGUUCUGUCUGUAGUCAUGCUUCCUAAUAAAUAUAUUCUUAUUUUA